AAGAUGAUGAUCCUGGGUUGGACAAGAACAAGGUCACUGAUACAAGAGGUGCAAUCACAAAACUUGGAGAAAUGAAGGCACCUCCUCAGGAUCAAGAGUCACUUGGCCUUUGAAGUUGGCAGAAGACUAUUUAGGCAUCAGUCUUUCCACCCAUCCACAGCCCAUAGGAACUCAAAAGCCAUUAGAAGAACCACCAAAAGCACACCUUUUACACAUUCUAAGAAGGCAAAAUGGCUUGCUUACAUACUAUUUAAGCAUUCCUUUUACAGUCAGUCAUCUCCGUCCUCCAUUAAUUCCUCUCUCUCUUCCAUUCUGCUGCUUCAGCCCAUAGGAACUUGAGAGCCAUUAGAAAAACCACCAAAAGCACACCUUAUUUAAGCACUCCUUUUACAGUCAGUCAUCUCCAUCCUCCAUUAAUUCCUCUCUCUCUCUCUCUCUCUCUUCUCCUGUUUCAGCUAUGUCUCGAUCCUACGAACGUCUGCACCUUAAAUGUGAACUAACCAACAUCAAAUUGACCAAACUCAACAGCCCUGACUUCGUCGGAAACCUCUUCAUAAGAUGCUACGUAAAUGCCGGUGGUGGGCGGAGGAUCAUGAUCGACUCCUGCGACGUGCCACCAACCGGCGAUCCGACGUGGGAUAGGAUGGCUUCGGUGGAGUGCAGUGGCUCCUCCCGCCACGUGCGUGACCUCCUCGAGCGGCACGGCAUCGUGUUCGAGCUACGAGGACGCAGAAGCGAUCGGAGGCAAGCGGCUGAGGCAGCCUCGUGCUCCGAGCUCCUGGGCACAGCCGAGGUUCCAUGGCGAGACAUCUGUGGACCGACUGAAACGUCGGUGCACAGACAUGUCAGUCUCGUCAUGGCGGGCGGCGCGCACGUCGGUGACACGCCGCCGGAGGUGGCGGUCUACAUGGCGGUUCGAGUGUCCAAGGUGGGGAAGGUUGGCAAGAGGAUGGAAUGGGAGGAGGGAUGUGAAUGGAGUGUGGGUGAGGAGGACGUGUUUGCUGCUGCUGCUGCUGCAGUUGUGGAUGAUGCAUUCUAGCUAAUCCUUGUUCAUGACAAGCACUGCUCGACAAUUCUCUUAAUGCAAGUCAUCUGUUUUCUUGUACUAUUUCCUUUCACAUAAGCCAACAAAAGAAAUGCUAACUUAAUCUCUCAUCACACAACAACUGAUGCUUCUGAAACAUCAAAGCACAAGAAGUGACAACAACAAUGAGGAUCUUAAGCUCCCCAGGGAAUGAUACUCUCAUGAUACUAUGUUCUACCCAUAGUUUGGAUCUUCCUCUACUUGUACUCAUCUUAAUUUUUCUCUUUAUCACAUGUUUUUUCCUAUAAAUCCAAUAUAUAUCAUAUUAUAUCAUAUCUAUGUACAAACAUUAAAUAAUAGAAAACAAAAACAAGAAC